CCCACUUCUUUGAACUUAUACAAGUUUCUUUCUAGGCAACUGUUUCCUUGACAUGUACUCGUCAUACAUGAUGCAGCCUCUUAUUCCUAUCAAGCUUUCUUACUCUUCGUUUUCACUAAUUAUUUUCUUGUCCUCUCCUCUUUUGCUUGGUCAUCAUGGCCAAGCACGAAUUAUUCUACCCGAAGGUGUGACUGUGCCCGCAAUUAUAGCGUUUGGGGACUCCAUUGUAGAUCAAGGGGCCAACAACAAUCUAAAAACUGUAGUUAAAGCAAAUUUUCCUCCCUAUGGACAAGAUUUCCCUGCUGGAAUACCAACCGGAAGAUUUAGCAACAAUAAGACACCUGCAGACAUGAUCGCUGAAGAACUGGGAGUAAAAGAGAUUUUACCAGCAUUCCUUGAUCCAUCUAUUGAUGAUACAGAGUUUCUAACUGGUGUAAGCUUUGCAUCUGCUGGCUCGGGAUAUGAUCCCCAAACACCAAAGACAGCGGAUGUUUUGUCAUUUGAUGACCAGCUAAACCAGUUUAAAGAAUACAUUGAGAAACUUAAGGGUAUGGUUGGAGUAGAGAGAACACAAUUCAUAUUAGAAAAUAGCUUCUUCUUGGUGGUUGCUGGUAGCGAUGAUCUAGCGAAUACAUAUUUUACUGUUGGCAUUCGGAGAUUAGAAUAUGACGUCCCGUCUUAUGCUGAUCUUAUGGUAUCUUCUGCUUCCAACAUCAUACAGGAUAUAUACAAACUUGGAGCACGAAGAAUAGCAGUGUUUGGAGCACCCCCGAUUGGGUGUCUGCCAUCACAAAGAACUCUUGCUGGUGGUGGGCUUAGAGCGUGUGCAGAAGAAUAUAACGAAGCAGCACAAAUAUAUAACAGCAAGUUGCAACCGGAGACCGAAUACCUCAAUAGCACUCUAGCGCAAUCUAGGAUCGUCUAUAUAGACAUAUACAACCCGUUGCUUGCUAUUAUUGAAAAUCCUCUUCAAUAUGGGAUCGAAGUUGUGGAUAGAGGUUGUUGUGGCACGGGGAAUAUAGAGGUCGCGAUUUUGUGUAACAAGUUGCUCCCUACAUGUCCUGAUGAUUCAAAAUAUCUAUUCUGGGAUAGCUAUCACCCUACAAACAAAGGAUACACCAUCCUCGUAAAUCAAGUGCUAGGAAAAUACGUUGAUGAUAUCUUUUAAUUUUACAUAGAGGUUAAUAAUUAUCCACACUAUAAACGUUUUUAUGCCCUUAAAUGUAGGUGGGGAACCUUGUUUGUUGAUGUGCUGUCACAUCUUAAAGCUGUAUUUCAUGUAAGACAUUUAUGUUCCUAUUUAAUUACAUUAAAACAAUUU